AUGUUCUGGAAGAAAAUAGAAGCCUGUGUCAGGGAACGUAGUGCUGCUUUAGCUAAACCCUGUACAACUUACCAGUCAGCGACAGCCGUGCGUGUGACGACACCUGUUGUUGCAGGGACUGCGGAGGCGUCCAAGAGCCCCGCGCCGCAGCAGUCGCGGACGCCCCCUGACGAGGACGAAGCUGUGCUGCAGCUGCUGCGGCGCUGCUGGGCCGACGAGCCGGCCGACCGGCCGGAUUUCUACGCGCUCAAGGCCGCCAUCCGCAGCCUCAACAGGGACAGUGAUGGCGGGAAAAUCCUGGAGAAAUUGCUGUCGCGCAUGGAGCAGUACGCCAACAACCUGGAGACACUGGUCGAGGAGAGGACGUCUGACUACCUGGAGGAGAAGCGCAAGUGUGAAGAACUGCUGUACCAGUUGCUACCCAAGUCUGUGGCCAGUCAGCUGAUCCUGGGCCAAGCAGUUAUCGCCGAAACGUACGACAGCGUCACCAUCUACUUCAGUGACAUAGUCGGCUUCACGGCACUGUCUGCAGAAAGUACGCCGCUACAGGUUGUCGAUUUACUCAACGACUUGUACAGUUGCUUCGACUCCAUCAUAGAGCACUUCGACGUGUAUAAGGUCGAGACAAUCGGGGACGCCUACAUGGUAGUAUCUGGGCUGCCAGUCCGGAAUGGUUCGCGGCACGCUCGCGAGGUGGCGCGCAUGUCGCUGGCGCUGCGACAGGCGGUGGCGGGCUUCCGCAUCCGGCACAGGCCAGGAGAGCAGCUCAAGCUGCGCAUCGGCAUGCACACCGGUCCAUGUGUUGCUGGUGUUGUGGGUCACAAGAUGCCUCGCUACUGCCUCUUUGGUGACACUGUCAACACUGCUUCACGUAUGGAGUCCCAUGGCCUUCCUCUAAAGAUCCAUGUAAGCCCUAGCACUAAGGCAAUUCUCGAGACUUUUGAUACAUUUGAAUUGGAGCUAAGAGGCGAAAUUGAGAUAAAGGGAAAAGGAAAAGUAAUUACUUACUGGUUACUUGGUGAAAAACAAAGUCUACCAGUGGUGGCAAAUGGCAACAGGGGUCAGAUGCCUACUGUUGUAACUGAUUCCAGCAUGAACUGUGCACUUGCAGUUAGUGCCGAAGAAACUGGCUUAAUACCGAUAAGAGGAAGUGCAGGAAAUACAAAGAGGAUGGUUACAGAGGCCUGCAACAACGUCUGUGUCCAAGAAGGAGAUAAGAAUAUAAGUACUGUUUCAUCCAGGACUGAAACUAAAAAUGGCAAUAAAUUAUCAGCUGCACAGCAAUGUGAUAUUAAAAAGCCAAUUCCAAAGAAGUGAUUGUUUACGUAGCUUAAAAGGUGCUAAUCAAGUGGGAGGACCAACCUUACAGAAGACCUCAUUCGUGUGCUACAGUAUAGUACAAGUACAUAUGUAAUUAUUAGUUCUCCUCCGGAAAGGCAAAUGAACUACAUGAUGCAAAAAAA